CUGUCAAUCCAGUAUGGGGCGGUGGAUGUGAGCCUACCGGACCGCGCGCGCCCGACACCGGAGGAGAAGUUGAUCGGCGGAGCCUUUUAUCCCCUCCAGCUUGCUUUGGAUUGCUCUUACCUUACCCGAGAAUUAAAGGCGUUUCUCUGUUUGCAAAGACACCUGUGGAAUAAUGCAGGACACCAAAAAAUUCUUCGAGAACCUCUCUGGAGCAGGGAAGUCCAUUGGCGUCCUGACAAGUGGUGGAGAUGCUCAAGGUAUGAAUGCUGCCGUGAGGGCAGUGGUCAGAAUGGGAAUCUACGUGGGAGCAAAAGUUUAUUUCAUCCAUGAGGGCUACCAGGGCAUGGUGGAUGGAGGUGAUAACAUCAAAGAGGCAUCAUGGGAAAGUGUUUCCAGUAUGUUACAAGUGGGUGGCACUGUAAUUGGCAGCGCCCGCUGUAAGGAUUUUCGUACCCAUGAGGGCCGUUUGCGUGCUGCUCUGAACCUGGUGCAGCGUGGCAUCACUAACUUGUGUGUGAUUGGUGGAGAUGGCAGUUUGACCGGGGCUAAUCUCUUCAGGGAGGAGUGGAGUGGACUCCUGGAUGAGCUUGUCCAAUCAGGUCAAAUCAGUGAAGAGGCUGCCCAAACUCAUUCUGCACUGCAUAUCGUUGGGAUGGUGGGAUCUAUUGACAAUGAUUUCUGUGGGACAGAUAUGACCAUUGGCACUGACUCAGCACUGCACAGGAUCAUAGAGGUGGUGGACGCCAUAAUGACCACGGCACAAAGCCAUCAGAGGACCUUUGUGCUGGAGGUCAUGGGAAGACACUGUGGGUAUCUAGCAUUAGUCAGUGCUCUUGCAUGUGGAGCUGACUGGGUGCUGAUUCCAGAAAUGCCUCCCAAGGAUGGCUGGGAGGAACAGAUGUGUCAUAAACUAUCAGAGAAUCGUGCUGAUAAGAAACGGCUUAAUAUCAUCAUAGUAGCUGAAGGUGCAAUAGACCAAAACAACAAGCCCAUAACCACAGAACUUAUAAAGGACCUGGUGGUGCGCUGUUUGGGGUUUGACACGCGGGUCACCAUUCUGGGUCACGUCCAGAGAGGAGGAACACCCUCUGCCUUUGACCGGAUUUUGGCGAGUCGUAUGGGUGUGGAAGCCGUGUUGGCCCUGUUAGAAGCGUCUCCUGGUACUCCAGCAUGUGUGGUGUCUCUGUGUGGGAACCAGGCUGUCAGGCUUCCUCUGAUGGAGUGCGUUCAGAUGACACAGGAGGUUCAGAAGGCCAUGGAUGAAAAGCGAUUUGAAGAAGCUGUAAAACUGCGUGGCAGAAGUUUCGAAAACAACCUGAACACUUACAAACUCCUGUCUCAUCGCAAAAUUGAUGCUGAACUUCCACGUAGCUCAUUUAACGUGGCUGUGCUGAAUGUUGGCGCUCCUGCAGCUGGCAUGAAUGCAGCCGUGCGCUCGGCCGUCAGGGUCGGGAUCACCGAAGGCCACACUUUGUUUGCUGUAAAUGAUGGAUUUGAGGGCUUCUCUAAGGGACAGAUAAAAGAAAUCAAGUGGGGUGAUGUUGGGGGCUGGACAGGCCAGGGCGGGUCUCUGCUAGGAACAAAAAGAACUCUCCCAGCAAAACACAUUGAUAAAAUUGCAGAACAGAUGAGGAUUCACAACAUCAACGCUUUACUGGUUAUUGGAGGUUUUGAGGCAUAUUUGGGGCUGUUGGAGCUGCAAGCAGCUCGUUCCAAACACGCAGAGCUUUGUGUUCCCAUGGUGAUGGUCCCGGCCACUGUGUCCAACAACAUCCCCGGCUCAGACCUGAGUAUCGGGGCAGACACGGCCCUCAACGCCAUCACGGACGCCUUUGAGAGUUUGCUGCAGCUGGUCGAUGCCCGCAGCAGGUAUGAGGAGUUCUGUGUGCCCAUGUGCAUGCUGCCCGCCACCAUCAGUAAUAAUGUGUCCGGCACUGACCUCAGCAUUGGCGCUGACACCUCCCUCAAUGCCAUAGUGGAGACAUGUGAUCGUAUAAAGCAGUCGGCCAGCGGAACCAAGCGUCGUGUGUUCAUCAUUGAGACGAUGGGUGGUUACUGUGGUUACCUGGCAACGGUGGGUGGUCUGGCGGCUGGAGCGGAUGCAGCCUACAUCUAUGAAGAGCCAUUUGACAUCCGAGACCUGCAGUCUAACGUAGAACAUUUGACUGAGAAGAUGAAGACCAGCAUCCAGAGAGGUUUAGUGCUCAGGAAUGAGAACUGCAGUGAGAACUACACCACUGACUUCAUCUACCAGCUGUACAGUGAAGAGGGCAAAGGAGUCUUUGACUGCAGGAAGAACGUCCUGGGACACAUGCAGCAGGGUGGUGCUCCUUCCCCAUUUGACAGGAACUUUGGCACCAAGAUCGCAGCUAAAGCCAUGCAGUGGAUCUCCAAGAAGCUCAAAGAGUUUUACAGAACAGGUGAAGGCCGUGUGUUUGCGAACACAGAGGAUUCUGCGUGUUUGUUGGGGAUGCGGCGCAGGGCCCUGGUCUUCCAGCCUGUCAUACAGCUGAAGGAUGAGACGGAUUUUGUUCACAGGAUCCCGAAGGAACAGUGGUGGCUCCGACUGCGUCCGCUCAUGAAGAUUCUGGCCAAGUACAAGACCAGCUACGACGUGUCCGAUUCAGGCCAGCUUGAACACAUCGUCCGUCUCAGAGCUAAAGACAUCUCUGCCAUUUAAAAGCAGCAGGCAGCCACAUGUGAAACCAAGUUGUCUUGCAAGUAAAAACUUAUUCUAUGUGAAGACCUGCGAUUCCAUAGUCUUGACCUGAACACAUAAUCAUAUGUGACCCUGAACCACAAAACCAGUCAUAAGGGUCAAUUUUUCGAAAUUGAGAUUUAUACAUCAUCUGAACGCUGAAUAAAUAAGCUUUCCACUGAUGUAUGGUUUGUUAUGAUAGGACAAUAUUUGUCUGAUAUACAACUAUUUAAAAAUCUGGAAUCUGAGGAUGCAAAAAAAUCAAAAUAUUGAGAAAAUUACCUUUGAAGUUGUUCAAAUGAAGUUCUUAGCAAUGCAUACUACCAAUCAAAAAUGAAGUUUUAAUAUUUUUACAGUAGGAAAUUUACAAAAUAUCUUCAUUGAACAUGAUCUUUACUUAAUAUCCUAAUGAUUUUUGGCAUAAAAGAAAAAUCAAUUUUGACCCAUACAAUGUAUUUUUGGCUAUUGCUACAAAUAUACCCCAGCGACUUAAGAUUAGUUUUGUGGUCCAGUGUCACAUAUACAGUAUGUCAAGCAGUUCACGUUAAACUGUAACCUUAGACAUACAGCCACGAGAUCCUUCAUUAUAGUAGCUGUGUGUUGUGAUUGACAAUCCAUACGCUCAUGCGAUUAGCUGAUCAUCCCUUUUAAAUGGGGCCAAGUGGUAUAUUUUGUGAAUAUGCAAGAUUUCCAUAUUUAUUUUCAUUGAAUAUGGAGCUAUCUGUAUGAAUGCUUCACUGCCCUAUAGUGAUGUUUCACAACUGCACCUUGUUUUAGUUGACGAGUCUGAAAGAGUCUUCCAAGCUGCUAUUCUGUGUUGUUUGUUAGUGCAGGCACUUUGUACCAAAGCAGAUGUUGUGUUAGUGUGUUAUGAUGUACGUGUGUGUAUACGCUAACAACGCUGCAUAAACACCCUUUAGAAUGUAA